UUAUGAUAGAAUAUGGAGAUAUUGCUGAAGAAGUUAUUGAUAGUAGUGAAGGAGGACAUAUUCACCGACAUCGCCGUCUUGACAGAUAUGGAGGUCGUCCAGGUCGUACUUUAUUUAGCUUUGGAAACCGAAGACAUCGCCAUCUUCCUGGUCGAAGAAACCUUAUAGAAGUUCCUCAAGAUGGUCUUGAUUAUGUAAUUGGAGAUCCUGUUGGUUAUGGAUUUAAUUUUGGUACAAAUGAAGAAGUAGAUAUUCCAGGAUUAGGACGAAAUCGACCUCUAACAAGCACAAACGACGAAGUUACUACUCACCCCCUACUAGUUAAUCGAUCACCAGCCGUUCCUUCAGUGACCGCUAACGAACUUACUAGAGGAAGAAAUAUUCGCAAUGGACCUUUAGGUGAUUGGACUCAAUCAAUUGAAGAAUUAAUCGGAGGUGGUGCUGUUCAGUUAUUAGAACAAUUACUUACUAGAAGUCGUGGUUUAGGCCAUUCAACAUACCGACUUGAACUUAACACAUCAUCGCCCGCAUUGGUAAGCAACAUUGAAGUCGAUCGGGUCUUCCCAAGAUCUCUUUCGACGUCUCAAGAUUCCCACAACGUAACUGUUCCCAGUGAUCCAAUUACUGCUGUACAAGAAUUUAUGCCACAUUCUACUUCUCAACGUUGGUAUGACGAAGCUCGAAUGAUGUACGCAGAAACGGAAGAAACUUCCGAAACCCAAGUUACAGUCGAACAAACAAUGAAUGAAACAAUGAAUGAAACAAUGAAUGAAUCAAUGAAUGAAUCAAUGAAUGAAUCAAUGAAUGAAUCAAUGAAUGAAUCAAUGAAUGAAUCAAUGAAUGAAUCUGAAGAAGUUGUUGAAAUUACAGAAGUAACAGAAAUAGUUGAUUUACCAGAUGUCAUGCAAGAAGACGCCCCAAUAGUUGAACAAGAAAUUCUAAUAGAAUCUUCGGCAAUGGAGGAAGAACCAACUCCUGCGGUGGACCUCACUAUGGAUGAAGAUGUAUCUACUACAUCAGCCGUUGCCGGUUCAUCACAAGCGGCGGCAAGUGAAAACGCGGUAGAAGCUUCAGAAGAAACUCAAGUCGCUAGAACUACUGUCGUAAUCAAUGGUCAAACAGUAGAUAUCACAGAUACUGGAAUUGAUCCAACUUUCCUUGAAGCAUUACCUGAAGAACUAAGAGAGGAAGUUCUUAACCAACAUUUACCACCCGAAAGACGUAAUAGAAAUCCCGUCCCAAGUGGACCAGGUGGACCGGGUGAACCAAUCAGUUCAGAAUUUUUAGCUGCUUUACCCGAUGAUUUAAGAGAAGAAAUUAUGCAACAAGAAGAAGCUUUUGAACAAGAAAGGUUAAAUCGUCACCGACCAACAACAGAACCGGCCGCUACAGAUAUGGAUGCAGCAAGUUUCUUUGCUUCAUUAGAUCCCCAACUUCGUCAAACCGUACUUCUUGAACAAGAUGAGAUGGUUCUUGCCUCAUUACCUCCUGCCAUAGUUGCUGAAGCCAAUGCACUUCGAGAAAGAGUUAGUCGAAGAUACACAAAUGCGGUUAGAACUCGGACAUUACCAAGUUCUUCUACACCACAAAUACAUGCACCUAAAAAACCUACAACUCAACGUGACGCAAUGAAACUCGUGGAUUCUACAGGAUUGGCUACAUUAGUUAGAUUGUUGUUCUUACCUCAACCUUUAGGAAACAAAAAUUUGUUACUCAAGUUAUUGCUCAAUCUUUGUGAAAAUAACAAAUCACGUGGAGAACUUAUCACAAUGCUUCUUUCAGUUUUAUAUGAAGGAAGUGGGGAUGUAUCAGCAGUUGAUAAAAGUUUCGCACAAAUGUCUCUAAGAGCAAAAGGGACAACAAAAGGAACUCCCAAAAGACAACAAAGUUUACCAAAUUCUUCUCUUGCACAAAUAACUCAAGCAGCGGGAGAAAAUGUACCUAAUUUAAUAGCACAGCGAUGUUUAGAAGCAUUAACAUAUAUAGUUAACUAUAAUGAAGCAUCAGUUAACUAUUUCUUGAUGGAACAAGAAAAUAACAUUGGUCUUAAAAGAUCGAAUAGUCGUAAAGGCAAAGAAAAACAAUCAAAAAUAAUAAGUAAAUAUCCAGUAGUUAUAUUAUUAAGCUUACUCGAUCGACCAGUUUUCUUAAAAAAUACUGCAUUGAUGGAUCAAUUAAUGCAUUUACUUUCAUUUGCUUUACGUUCUCUGUCGACUAUGGCUAAAAGUGAAAUUUUAAAACCUUCAGAAGUUAUGAAACCUCCAGUAAUUCCCGAAUAUUGUUUGCGCCUAGUAGUAAACGUUUUAACUGCUGGUGAAUGCACUAGUAAUACAUUCAAAUAUACAUUGUCAGUAAUUCAACAUCUUUCAACUCUAAAAGGUGCCAAAGAUGUUAUAACAUCAGAAUUAGUUGAAAGAGCACAAUCACUUGGAAAUGAUAUAUUAGAUGACUUGGAUGAAUUGGAUAGGAUAUUAUCUAAAGCGGAUAGUGGUGUAGAUGUUCAAGGUGUGACUUUAGCGAAGUUUUCACCCUCAUCUUCAAAACAAGCGAAAUUACUUCGUGUCCUUAAAACAAAUGAUUAUAUGUAUUCCCGAAAACAAUCAAGUUCUACAUCAAACACUCAAGUUUCAUUAGCUCCUACAGUAGAUCCGGAUGAAGUAGAUAGUGCUGUUCCACGAACAUUAGAUAAUAAAAAUAAUAAAUUAACGGAGGAUGAAGAGAAAGUUAUGAAAAUAUAUGAUAGUCUUAAUUUCUCAGAACUUUGGAAAAAAUUAGGUAGAUGUUUGACAACAAUACAGGAAAAAUCAGACAUGAUACAUGUAGCGACCGUACUUUUACCACUUAUUGAAUCACUAAUGGUUGUAUGCAAAUAUGUUGGAAUGACACCAUCUACAACUCAAAAUAUAACAUCAUCUAUUUCCUCAGAAAAUAGGGAAAGUAAAGAGGAAUUAUUCUUUACCUUUACGGAAGAUCAUCGCAAAAUACUAAAUACAAUGGUUAGAAACAAUCCUUCAUUAAUGAGUGGAUCAUUUUCAUUGCUUGUACAUAAUCCUAAAAUUCUUGAAUUCGAUAACAAGAGAAAUUAUUUCAAUCAACAAUUACAUAAGAGAAGUCCAGUUCGAGAUCAUUAUAGUACUUUACAACUUAAUGUUAGAAGACAAUACGUAUUUGAAGAUUCAUUCCAGAACUUGCAAAGAAGAACCGGAGAUGAGAUUAAAUAUGGUAAAUUAAGUGUUCGUUUCUAUGAGGAAGAAGGUGUGGACGCAGGUGGUGUAACGAGAGAAUGGUUCCAAGUUCUGGCCAGACAAAUGUUCAACGAAGAUUAUGCACUAUUUAAAACAUCAGCAGCAGAUAGACUUACAUAUCAACCAAAUAGAGCUUCAGGAGCAAACCCCGAACAUUUAUUAUUCUUCAAAUUUGUUGGUCGAGUUAUAGGUAAAGCAAUUUAUGAUGGAAGACUUUUGGAUGCAUACUUUACACGUUCAUUCUAUAAACAUAUACUCGGAAAAGCUGUUGAUUAUCGAGAUGUAGAAGCUAUUGAUUUAGGUUAUUAUAAUAGUUUAGUAUGGAUGUUGAAUAAUGAUAUCACGAAUGUUAUGGACUUGACAUUUAGUGUUGAAACGGAUGAUUUUGGUCAAAAGAAAGUCUUUGAUUUGAAACCUAAUGGAAGGAACAUCCCUGUCACGGAAGAAAACAAACGUGAAUACGUUACACUUGUCACUGAACAAAAACUUACAUUAGCUAUUAAGGAUCAAAUAGAGAAUUUCCUUGCCGGAUUUCAUGAAGUUAUUCCUGCACAUUUGAUCAGUAUUUUCAAUGAACAAGAAUUAGAAUUGUUAAUUUCAGGAAUGCCGGAUAUUGACAUAGAUGAUUGGAAGAAUAACACAGAAUAUCAAAAUUAUACAGCUUCUUCACCUCAGAUUCAAUGGUUCUGGAGAGUUGUAAGAAGCUUUAGUCAAGAAGAAAGAGCGAAACUCUUACAAUUUGUUACUGGCACAUCUAAAGUGCCAUUAGAAGGAUUUUCUGCAUUACAAGGUGUUCAUGGUGUUCAAAAGUUCCAAAUUCAUAAAGAUUUUGCAAAACCAGAUCGUCUUCCUUCUGCUCACACAUGUUUCAAUCAACUUGAUAUUCCCGAAUACGAAGAUUAUGAGCAAUUAAGAAAACAAUUAUUACUGGCAAUCUCUGAAGGAACAACUGGAUUUGGUUUCCAAUAA